GAAUCGAAAAUAUUCAAGUUGAAAAGUCAAGUUCAAAGUUCAAACGCAAAAUGACUCAAUGAGGCGUAAACAUGACGUCAAUUUUGCAAUGCCAGCAGCGCGGUAUCCAGUAUGAACUGAUGGGUAGAGAUCGAGUGUGGCGCGAAACGGGUGCCUACAGGUUCGCAGUUCCCAGUUUUAUCGCCGAAGAGAGAAGCAGUCAUACUCUUCUGGAUUUAUCCAUGACCGCCCCCAUGCUGCAGAUUCGUCUCCUUCCACUCUCCAAAUCUCUGGUGCCUCUGACAUCACUGUUGCGAAACCAGUUUGGAGCUCAUGGACGCUCCAGUACUCAAGUAAGUGGUAUUCUUGGGGAGCAUUUGGAGGUAUCAUCAUAUAGGAACUCACCUUGUGGAUUUAGAACCUUUUGUACCAACAAAGAUUUGUCAAUUAAGAAGUGUGUACCUUGCAAUUCAAAGGACCUGCGGCCCAUGACUAAACAGGCGGCAGAUGAACUAAUUUUGAAGGUACCUGGGUGGAAUUUGGUGGACGAAGGUGGCUCACUGAAGCUGAGCCAAUCGUUGAAAGUGAAGAGUUUCAUCAAAGGAUUGGAGUUAUUUCAGCUUGUCGCUGAAGUGGCAGAGGCAGAAGGUCACCAUCCAGAUCUUCACCUUGUUGGUUGGAACAAUAUUAUAAUUGAGAUAUGGACACAUGCAAUUGGUGGACUUACGGAAAAUGACUUCAUACUCGCUGCUAAGAUCAACAGGGUUCAGCUGAAACACCUGCUGAGGCACAAAGUCACCCCUUGAUCAGUCAAUAUAAAUAUGGCACCUGUGUAAGAACAGUGUUUAGCCCAUAGGAAAUAAGAGAUUUUUUUGGGUGUGGUUUAAGUUACAUGUCUUUCCUGAUGAUUGUGCCUAGAGAUGUCCUACUUGCCCAUGUCUUGGUUCCUGAAAAUUUUCUGCAUAGAUUGCGUAACUACCAAUUCUGCAGUCAAGCUUUCACCAAACAUUUUCUAGGUGUAUUAUAUGCUUUGCUGCUGUGGGAGUCAGAAAUAUGCUCCUUUUUUUUUUUUUACCAACUCUGGGUAGAUUGUUCUCUCCAGCUAUUCUGUGGCUUACCCAGAUUGACAUGCUCAGGCAGGUACACAUGAAUGUCUGCUCUUUGGUAACGGGGGCAUAUUUGGUUUGCAAAAUAAAAUGUAGAACAGGAAUAAAAUAAAAA